AUGAAUUUACAGAGAACUUUGGUUUAUUGCGGAGCAAAGGACAGAAUACGCACGGUAAGCAAUCAUCCACCAUUCUGCUCCAGUGUGCCGGGGCAUUCUCACCGGCUGUUCUUCUGGGCUAAUUGGGAGCACGAAAGGCUAAUGCAUCCAGGUUCGAGGACGCAGCCAAGGGGGAAGCCGAAAGGCAAUGUGGCCCAGAUAGCUGACAUGUUUAAUAACAAAGCACCGCAAACAGAUGUCACGAAAGAGCCAAGGAGACCACCACAAAGACCUCAAAAACCAACCAACAAAAAUAAGGAUAUGGUUGAAGGAGGACCAGGGAAACAUGGUGAUCCUUUGGAUCCAAGGACUGUGAGAGAACCUGUAAAGUCCUUUAUAGAAGGAGUGCAGCCAAAUGAACGGGGUGCCGAGCCAACAAAUUUGCCUGACCAAGCAUUAGAUCCAGAAACGGUAAAAGAAACCCUGAAUGCAAAACGCUUAGCCGCUCAGCUAAAUAAAUUCUUUGAAGAAAAAAAAACAACAUCAACUGUGCAAGAGCACCGCGGUCUCCAACCAGUUCAAAUGCAACCGGCCAGAUCACAUCAACCGGACCAACCAACACUACCACACAUAAAAGAAAUCAACACAACCGUCCGCCCCAACCCCAGAGCAAAGCCUGACCUUCCGGGAAUCGAGGCUGGCGGCGCCACGAGGACAAAGCUGGCGAUAUUCCACUGGGAGGCAAUGGCUGACAUAUCGUGGGCAGCCGGUCACCUCGUCGGCCAUCACUUCGAUGAGCUGGUUAGGAUGUCGAUCACCACAGAUCCGGGCUGGAGUGCCGAGAUUGAGACAGCCACCCUGAUCAUCUUUUACCACUCCAAACAAUCAGGCAAAACAGAGCAGGAUUCGCAGAGUUUCCUGUAUAACUGCAUGCGGACAAACGAAUCUCAGGAGUUCAGGUCAGAGCACUCGGCAAAACGGCCAAUCGCAGUGCUCUCUCGGUCGGCAGACGGUGGCAGGUGGUGGAAGACCUUGCAGCGCAUGAACAGUGGGAUGCGUUGGAUGAUCAGACACAUCGACAUAUCCCGGAUCGACGAGUGGAGGAUAAGAGGAGAGCUCGCUGAGUGUUCGUACGCCAUUUGGCAUUUCACCAAGGAGCGUAUCGCUGACCUGAGGCUGGUUUUCCUUUGUGAGAUGAAGAGGGUCCUCGUAUUGAUCGAUGACCUGGAAGACUGCAGACCAGGAACGAGGAGCGAGGAUGGUAUUUACGAAAAUGUGAAAACAACAAACGCCGGAAACGAGAAAACAAGAGAGAGCAAGAGGACGAAAGAGAGAAAUGGGGUUCGGAAGCCGAAGUUUCUCGGGACUGUGGGGAUUUUCUCUCGAUCCUCUCGGAAGGAUUACGAAUGGCUUGAGACGCUGCUGCGCUCGGCGGCUUUUGGGAGUCAGGUUAAAGAUGUCCGAUCAUUUGUCAUUUCAAACAAUGGAUUCCGCCAGUUUACAGAAGAAGUGUCUCGCUGCUCGGCUGGGAUUUUGUAUCACACCAAGAACAGAGGAGGGCUAAACAUCACCGACGUGACGAGCUCGCUGUACGAUGAAGAGUUAAAAUACCUGGCGAGCAGGCUUGGGAAGGACAAUGUUUUCGUGUUGAUCGACGACCUGGAAGAUGCUGACGGUGAGGAGAAGACAAAGAUUCUGGAGACGCAGCCGAGUAUCGUGAGGUUUGCCAGUGACCUUCUUCUCAUCACGUCGAGAGAAAAGACGAAUAAUGAGGGGCUGCUGAAAAAACUCUGCUUUAAUGACGAUAAAGAGGAAAAUCGUCCCCUGACGGCGCCUCGCCCCAAAUCUGUGUCUGAUUCAAACUAUAUAAUUCCCUUCUGAUCUCACCCCACAUGACACAGUGUAACAUCUACUAAACCCAAUAAACGCUUGGUGAUCGUAACAACAA